GAAUGGAGUGGAGUAGAGUGGAGUGGAUGUCACUUGACUGGAUUCGAUUCGAUUCGAGUGCAGUGGAGUGGAUUGGAGUGGAGUGGAGUGGAGUGGAGUCUAGUAAAGUGGACUGUUAACCUGCCCAAGCUACCCACGUCCCGAAUGCUAAUCCGGUUGGGGCUGCCGAUGCUGGAGCCUGGCGUCGAGUGGCAAUCGUCGGAUUAUGAGCCAAACUGCACCACUCGUGCUUACCUCACUUUGCACCAGCCGGGCAGACUCGGUUCGUAUUCAAGCGCCGCUGCCAGUCUCCAGACCAGUGUCCUACGCGGCAGAACAUGA